AUGGCCGCAACUGAGCUGGCACGAAUGAAAUCAUAGUACAUGGCGACGAGUGCCAAGAGCUAAUGUGGGACAUACAGGCGUGCCCUGUGAGUACAGAGCAGAGGGCAUCUGUGUGUAAGGGUGAACAGGACUUGGACAGGUGCAGCAGACGAAUGCCGACAGAUGGGGGUGAGUGCAGGUGGGAUGCUCAGUUUAGGGCAGUGGCUAAAGGAUGUACCAAGAGAAGACUGGAAAGGGAGAUGGGAGCCUUGAAUGCCAGAAGAAAUGGUUUGAACUUCACCUUGAGGCUCUGGGAACAUUUUGGACAUUUUAAGCAGGGAAGUGACAGGUUGGAAAAGGGGGGUGGGAAUAUUAACAUGGUCAGAUCCUCACCUGUAACAAAGCUUGGUGGGCCAGCAGUGUUCUAAGGCGUAGAGGAGAACAGAUGUGGAGUGGAGACCCUUGUGAAAGGGGUAUGCCGGAGAGUUGCUGAAUGCCUUUCCAAGGCUGGAUGGGUACAAGCUGAAAUCCACCUGUUUAGUUGUGGCAGGCAGCUCUCCUUCCACGGCCGGAGGGUUUCAGAGCACUCUGCAGCUACACAGCCAGCCCCAGCUUGGGAGCAAACUGGGGAAGAUGCAGUUACUAGCCAAACCCACUGGUCAGAGGAGAAGGCUGGGGGCAGUCUUUGAUCUUUUACCCCUGGCCUCAACUCCACCCCAAGCCAGCUGUGAGCGCCCACCCCCCAUGACCCAGACAUAGUACAGUGGUGGUGGGGGGGGAACCACCUAAUUUUAAGACAGCAAUUUGUCCAGUGCUGUGCCCUCUUCACUUUUUUCUGCAUCUGGGGGAAAAACUUCAGAAAUGAGGACAGAUUCAAGUUGGAAGUUCCCCGAGAGAGCAUCUAAUAUAGCCCCCUUCAGUUAGAGAUGGGAAGGUGACAUUCCCAAAGUUACAUGGCUAGAUAAUUCUAACAUACAGAUGUGUUAAGUGCUUUAAUCCUCACAAUUCUGAAGUAGGUAUUGUUAUCCUCCUUGUUCUAUAAAUGAAGAACCUGUGGACAGGGAGUAUGAGUAGCCAAGGACUCUGAGCUGGUAAGGGGAGGGGCUGGCAGUGGAACCUGGAGUCUGAAUCCCGCAUUUCUGGUUUGGGGUGGGGGGCUUUUGCCCCUCCAUCACGAGAGGCUGCCUUCCCGGCCACAAGGUAGGUCACCAUGGCUCCCAGCCAUCUCUAUUCUGGCAGGAGCUGCCCCCAGCCUCUUGGCUUUGCCCUUCCUCCCACAGGGUCUAGCUCAGUGCUGAGCUUGCAGGAAAUGUGCUUCCUGAAGCUGGGACUUCCCCACGGAGAUUGAGGGGCAGCUGGGCAUCCCUGCCUCGGCCUGAGGGAUGACUCUGCUCAGCCACUGUGUGUCUCAGGAACUCAGGGCAGCCGCUCACCUGUUAGGUGGGCAUCGAGGGGGUGGCUGAGCGGCCCUUGCCACUCCUUCACGCACCGCUUGAAGGGAAUGGAUUCUCCUCUGGUAGGAGGCAGGGUGGGAGGUGGUCAUGCAGGGGUACAGAGCCCUCUGGGUGGUCACAGAGCUGCUCCAGUCAGGGCUUCAGAAGGCAGACAGGAGGGAAGUGUGUGGCCCCCAUGAGGGAUCCCCAUCACCGUGAGGGCUCAGGCAUAUCUGCAUGGCAGGGAGGCCCAGGCACGUGGCCUGGAAGGGAGUGUGCUUGGGCGUGUGUUGGGGGGGGGGGCUGUGGGUUCUUUUGAGCCCACACAAAGCCUUGUGCUGAGACACUGCAUUCCUGCUGGCCUGGCUUCCUGUUCCAGAUGCAUUCCUGCCCCAGAGUCACCAGGGAGACUGCUUGGAAUCUGGCCCCACAUUCUCCAAAUUCAGGGCGAGAUCUGGCAGAGGUUCCCUCCCUUUCCCUCCCCACCCUCUCACUUUGGAGGAAGGAAGCCACCUGAUAGGCCAGCCCUCCAACCCUCCUACCUAGGGAGGGCUGGGGUGGGGUCUGACACUGCCUGUGGGGUUUGGUGCCACACAUCCUGUUGGACAAGCAUAAAGCAGUUCCUGCCAGGCCCUGCCUUCUGUUUCCCUGUCUAUAUCUGGGAAAGAGGAAUGGAGUGGGGUUGCUGUCUAGGAGGAUAGGGUUAAGAGGGCGCAGCCCAGAGGACCUAUGCCUGGCAGGGAAGGGCUUAGCCUGAAAAUCAAGGUGUUAAGAGAUGGCAGGUAAUUCAGACACUAGGCUCUCAUUCUUUCUCCAGCCUUGGCUACAGGCCUCAGUUUCCCCAUAUUAUACAGUUAGAAUCUUCUAGUUUGCGGCUCUCUGAUAAGGCUCUUGUGUAAGGAAGGUGUUUGCGGAAGGGUCUGAAGGAGCAAGGAGCAGAAGAGGGUGGGCAGACUGUUUUCUCCUCUCCCAGUUAACAGCCACUUCCUUCCAAGGGCUCCAGCUCCAGCCCCUCCCCCGGAGGCUCAGGUGCAAGUUUGCACGUCCACCAGCUCCCUUAUCUGCCUCCAAGGGAUUUGGGUCCUGCUGGGAUUUUUCCAGUCCUGUCACCUUCCUCAGGAGGAUGAGGUUUCCUUAGAGGCCAGCAGCCCCCCUGGUCACCAGGCUGUGUUCCCUUCAGCAGCUGCCUGGGCUCCUAGCCUCCUUUCAGGCUGGGAGCCUUUGAGGGUGAGGGAUGGUGGAAUCUCAGGACCAAAAGACGGUGGGGUGGGGACAGGGAAGUAUUUACGCUUCCACCGCCUCCAGGCUGCUUCCCUGUCCCCCUGGCUCACUGCCCCAGAUCCUGAAGCCCCCCACCCCCAAGCCCCAGCUUUAGGGUGCUCGGGUGAGGGAGACAUAUGGGACGAGGAGGGGAUUCAGAUCUAGCCCAGGACUCAAGGCGCUCUACAGUUGUUGGAAAGGAUUUCCAUGUGGACAGGGAUCACUUCCCCCUUCCAUCGCGUCAGCUUUCUGAGUGGCUGAGUGACUUGCCCCAGGCACACAGCUGGGAGCGCAGGGACAACCUUGUCCCGGUCAGCGCUCUUCCCGCAGCCAGCACGUGGGGCUCCAUUUCCUUCCGCGCUCCCGUCCAGUCCCCGCCGACCCUCCACCCCCAUCCCCCGGCUGCAUUUCGGCGGCAGGAAGACAGACCAGCAUGUGAACCGGGAGGGGGGGUGCCGGGUAACCCCGCACCUCGAGCCUGACAGCGUCCGUAGGCGGGGGUCUCCGCUCCUCGGCCGGCGGCGGGAGCGCUGGGCUGCCCGGAGCCCGAAGGACGGCGGAUCGAGGCCUUUUCCCGGCUCCCCGGCGCGCCCCGCGCGUCCCGGCUCCCAGGCCCCGCCCCCGCCCCCCGCGGCCGCUCCGGGCGCGCCCCCGCCCCCUGCUGCCCGCACACCUGCGCGCCCCUCCCCCCUUCCCCUCGCUCCGCGCCGGGAGGGUCCGCGGGCCGCGCCCAGCCGGGGCCGGACGCGCGUGUGAAGCCGCCCGCCAGACAGCGGCGGGGGGACGCUGGCCCGGGAUCGCGGGCCGGCUGCUGCGGCCGCGGCCGGGGCGCCGCGUCGGGGCCGGGAGCAGGGCCAUGCUGGGCCGGCGGCGCGUCUUCGCCGUGGAGCCGCUCGGCGGCCGGGAUGGGGUUGGUGAGGACUUGGCACACGGUUGUGUAGUACCUGGAGUCAGCAGCACCUACCGACGGAUCCCGGACGCUGCUCAAGGUGGCUCGCUGGACUCCUGGAAGGGAGAUGGCCAGCUGAGAGGUCUCAGGAGGCAGGAGCCACUUCUCAAACUGGCCUCCCGGGACUCAGGAGUGGAGAUGGUGGUUGGGGACAGCCUCCUGGCCACCUCACCGGGCCUUUCUCAGGACUCUCUGGACUUUGAGCCCACAGGGAGCCCUGAGCCCCUGGCCCUUGCUUCCACGGAGCCUCCUGCCCACCUAGGCCGGCUUCUGGCCAGCCGUAAGCUGGAGCAGGUGCUGGAGCGGUCCCGCCAGCUUCCGACUUCCCCUGCCAGUAUGUCACAACGCCCCCGCUCCCUGAAGUCCCCCAGCGAGCCUGAAUGUGAAAUGCCCCCUUUUGGAGCCGGGGAACAGGAGGCCACUGAGGCAGAAACUGACCUGGAGGCAGGCCUGGAAGAAGCAGAGGUGGCGGGGGGCCUGGGGCCUGAAGCCCGGGCCUGUCUCCCAGGGCAGGGUCUCCGCUACCUGGAACACCUGUGCCUGGUGCUGGAGCAGAUGGCAAGGCUCCAGCAGCUCUACUUGCAGCUGCAGACCCAGAGGCCCCCACGGGUGAGUGAGCCGCAGGGCCGGCAGGCCAGCAGGGGCCAGGAUCCUGAAGCGGAGGAAGAGGAGGAGGCGGGGAAGCCCACCCUGGCCCCCUCACCGCCACCUUCUCGUGCCCCAGGCCGUGAGGUGCACAGACUGCCCAGCCAGAUGCAGGAGACAGGGGCAAAAUCAGCUGCGCCCCUAAAGGUAGGGCUGCCCGGUGUCAACCCUCCCAUGCUGUUAGAGGCUGCUGCAGAGCCCGCUCACAUCUUUCCAUCCUCCCAGGGACACAAGCGGGAUCUCUCCCACUGGAACAAGGUCAAGGUCCUGCUCAACCGGAUCCGUUGGAGGAGCCCGAAACACCCUGAGUCCCCUGCCCCUCUUGAUGGCCCUGCCCCUAGGAUUGAGUCAAGGGGCGUCCCUGAAAGACCUCCAUGCCAGCCCCUCCGGAAGACCUUUAUGCCAUCAUUUGUGGUUAAGAAGCAACGAGCAAAAAACCUUUCUGUAUGCUGAGACCUCCUGGUGCAGGGACGUGACCCUGCGUGGGGGUGUGUGCAGUGAAGUUGUCUUCCUCGCCCUUUGCCCUGUUGCUGCUUCUGGGCACUGCCAGGAAAAGCUGCUGAUGCUCACCCUUCUCUCUGAGGAGAGGGCUGGAUCUUUCUCCUCUGGGCAGCCUGGAAGAGGAGUCCUGGUUCCCUGAGAGGCCCCAAGGUGCGGCAGCCUCCGGGCUCCUUGCUGGUUGCCAGAAAUCCCUGGGCCUAGUCAAUGUGAACUAACUUAUUUAUCAGGAGUCCAUGGAACGUGUUUGGCAUGGUGAUCUCCUGGGGCCUAGUGUGUCACAGAUGUGUAUUUGUGCAAAAUGAUACAUGUAUCUCUGUGAGUCUGUCACUGUUGUGAACUGGCUGGAUACAACCGUUUCUUCUGAAUCAUGCACUCAAAGGGUUGGUCGUCUGGGUGAGGUAACUGCGAAAGGAUGGAACUGAACUUCAUUCCUCAGUGGGCAGUUACUGAUUUGGAGUCCUGCUUUCCUUCUCAUACCUUCAUGGGUAGCCCCAGGACGGGCGGGGCGGGGCUCCUAUCUUGGGUGCCUCUGCAUGGAGUCUUGCCUGUGAAACAGAGCCCCUGAAGACCAAACCUGGAAUGGAAGGGUCAGGGACAACAUGGAGAAAAGCAGAGUAAGCUUCAAGGUCUGUCUUCAGCUGCUUUGGUCCCUAAUAACCUUUACAUAUCAGAGCAGAAACCAGAGACAUACUAGCUUUUAGACCUUGACAAAAAUCCCUUAACUUUUCUGAGCCAUAGCUUCCUACUUAAUCUCCCAAAUGGUUUAAUGAUACCUGCCCUACCUACCUCACAGUCUUAUUAUGAAGAUAAAAUGAGAUUAAACUGUCUUGAAGUGCA